AUGUCAAGUCGGUGGUGGAUUCUCCGCAGAGCCUUUAGGGCCUCAGAGACCACCACCGAAAACAUCAUCCGAGCAUGCGUCGGGCUGCACAAUUUCAUGCUCCAGGAGUCGCCACAUGCAAGGCUGACAUAUAAUCCAUCAGGCUAUGUGGACCAUGAGGACUGGCAGGGCAGCUGCAUGGAAGGAGCUUGGAGGGACGGCGGCGAUGACCCCUGUAUAUUUAGGGAGCCCGCUCCGUCUGGCUGUCACUCCGCUAGAGUGGCGAUAGAUGUCCGGGAGAAGCUCGUCAAAUUCUUUAUGAAUGGACGCCAAGUUCCGUGA